UCCGUCACGAUACGUCACGACCAAAACAUUACAUCGUUUUCCUUGAAAUAUUCCAUCAGAAAUGCCUCAAACAAGGUUAAGUGUAUUGUUAGCCUUUUUUUCAGCCGUUGUUGCGUAAAGUAAAGACCAUGUUUUACGUACCAAGUGGCGCUCUGAGCGGAACGCCGAGCAAUGGUAGCAAUGACGGUCUCGAUGGCGCGCAAUUUUCGGCGUGCGCUUCUCGAAAUUUGUCUGGGCUAUUGGACGAACAGCGAAAGAGAGGAGUUGGCACGGCCUCACUUACAAUUACAGUUGUUGAGGGGCGAAACCUUUCAGUUAUGGACCCCACAGGAAAGUCUGAUCCAUAUUGUAUAGUGAUUGUUGGCAACCAGGAGAAACGUACGGCAGUGCAGUAUAACACCAUUGCUCCAGUAUGGCACGAAACAUUACAGUUUGAAGUCAGUGGUGUACCUCAGCUCAUGCAGAAUGAAUCAAUUGAGAAUGCCAUGAACUGCUGCCUUCAACACUAUAUCCAGAUUGAUGUGUGGGACCAUGAUACUCUCAAUCGUGAUGACUUCAUGGGUAAGAUUCAAAUCCCAGUCUCUCUUCUGUCAGAAGAAACAACAGCUUGCUGGUUCCCCCUGGGAAGAGGUUCAGCCAAAGAAAAUAUUCGUGGUGAUAUAUUUUUGGAACUGACCUUGAAGGCAUCUCAGCCAGUACCAAGGUGGUGUAUGGACUAUGAGCUGUAUUCACUUUGCAAAAGGAAACCUGGAUUUGAGAUUCCUGUUGCAUUUGGAGAUUCUGUGGUUGAUUUUCCAGGCGAUGCAGAAAGAGUGGAGAUGGUUAUUGAUGAUGUGGUUGUUGAAGUCAGUAAACACAGAGGUAUUGGGCGAAUGUACCUUACAAACUUCAGACUUGUGAUUCUCUGUCACUUGUCUGGUUUGACUGCAGCUGGGUAUACUUAUGACAUGUCUUUGACAGUUGCACUAAAUAACAUCCAGUCAGUUGACAGAGGGGAAGAUGAAAAAGUUGUUUCAAGGACUGUUAGAGGCAAUGCUGGUUUCUCUGAUGUGAAGACGCUGACUAUAAGAUGUUGGGAUUUCCGCACAAUCCGGCUAAUCUUCAUGAGAAAACCUCAAUACUUGCACAGCUUUUAUAUGCCUCCGGAUCCAGGAAGUAUGCAGUCCAGUCCAGAUUCUAUUCUUGCUUCACUACAACCCAGCAAUGCAGAAUGUGUCAAAGACUCAAGCCUACCGUCAACAGGUUCGGAGGGAGAAGGCACUGAUGGGAAACAACCUUCAAACCAAUCUCAACCAACAGACCUUCUCGCGGCAAAUGAGUCUGCGGGAAACCUCACACGACCCAGCAGUUGCAGCAGUUUCCGGAUCCUGUCACGCAGUAGCAGUAGUAGCAGCAGUGUGGCGGGUGUCAGCUCACACGGGUCUGAUGGUCCACAGCUUGUUCCUCAAGGUACCUCAGGGGUGUUGGGUCCAGGAUUAUUAGCAGCGGCUCUCAGCGGUGUUGGAUCAAUGAGUAAUGCAUCGGAGAGAUUAAAGACUGAGUUGAUACCGGCCUCCACAUUUUUAAAUCUUUACAUUAGUGUGUUUUAUCAAAGACUAGAAUAUCUGGCCAUGAAUGCUGUUGAUAAUCCUCCAUCUCUGCACUUUGUUAAAAUACUGCCAAGGGACACAGAACUAAGCGGCUGGAGUGUGUAUGACUUCCAUGAGGAGUUUGCAAGGCAACAGGUCUCUGACAAAUGGCGUGUCAGUAUAAUCAACCAAGAGUUUCUCCUUUGUUCAUCGUACCCGCCACUGUUUUAUAUUCCUGGAGAAAUACAGGAUUCUACACUGAAAGAAUGUGCUGCAUUUCGAAGCAAAGGCCGUCUUCCAGUCCUGUGUUGGUACAAUUUCAAAAAGGGUAAUUUUAUUAUGCGUUGUGCACAGCCGAAGACUGGACCUGCUUUUAAGAACUCAAUUGAUGAUGAACUUGUCAUUAGCACUGCUAGGAAGUGUAACAAAUUUACAGAUAAGCUGGUAAUCUUUGAUGCAAGGUCCAUGUUUGCAGCUGGUGGUAACAUGUUGAAAGGAAAGGGAACAGAGGACACAGUAAACCGAUACCAGGGCUGUCAAUUGUUGUUUCUUGAUAUUCCUAAUAUUCAUGCUGUGAGAGACAGUUUGUACAGACUGCAAGGUGUCUGUGAGUCUUCGGCACAAAAGAAAUGGCUGUCUCAUUUGGAAUCCACACAGUGGUUGGCUUACAUCACUUGCAUACUAAAGGGUGCCGUGACAAUAGCACGGUUUGUUGAUAAGGGAGCCGCUGCCCUGGUGCACUGCAGUGACGGGUGGGAUCGAACGUCACAGCUGACGUCACUAGCUCAGCUCCUUCUGGAUCCGUUCUACAGAACAAUAACAGGAUUCCAGGUUCUUAUAGAAAAAGAGUGGAUAUCUUUUGGUCAUCGGUUCCGUGAUCGGCUUGGUCAUCCAUCAUGUCCUAGUCAGCGGUCGCCCGUGUUUUUACAGUUCUUGGAUUGUGUAUGGCAGAUUGUGCAACAAUUUCCCAGUGCUUUCGAAUUUACUCCGCUGUAUUUAGUUAGAAUAGCAGACCAGGUUAAUUCACAAUGGUUUGGAAAUUUUCUUUGUAAUAACAUGAAUGACCGAAAAAAGCUUCUGGUUUCAACCUUAACCUUAUCACUAUGGGCUCACUUAAGAGCAGAUGAAGACGCCUUCCGAAAUCCAACUUACAGGAAAUAUAACGAGGUAAGACUGGAAUGCACGAUUUAUGCACCGGAACAGUUUUCAAGGAUAACAUCCCUAAAACGUUUCUACAAUAGUUUUACAACCCAAGGAAAUUCCCAUUUCCCCAAACACGAUUCACCGCUUUUGAAGUUUCCUGUGGUUACCAAGCCACUGGACUCAGUUAUAUGGGUCCCGGAUGAGCGAGCGCGGGAAUGUGCCGACUGUAAGCAGAGAUUCACUCAGUUCAGAAGAAAGCAUCAUUGCAGAGCAUGUGGUCAAGUAUUCUGCAGUGAAUGUACAAAACAGAGAAUUCGCCUACCUCAGUUUGGUUACAUGAAUCCUGAAAGAGUAUGCGAGAACUGCUUUCAUCAAAACAACAUUAGACAAGUUGACGAAGAGGAUGAAGAUGAAUUUGAGGUGAUAACUCUUCCAAAUUUCCCAAGGUGAAGUUUCCUGGUAAAGUACGAAGAAAUUUGUUGAAACUUAAAUCUGCGCAAAACUCUGAGAUAGUUCAUCUGAUAAAGGACAUGACCUACAAAAUGGAGAUAGCAGUCAACUUUCACGAAAUAGAAUUGUGAUCGUGAAAUGUCAGCUCAUGGCCUGGAUUUGCAAGUAGCCUUUCUAUGGAGAACUUAUUGCUAACAACAUACACGAAGUAUUUAACAUACCUAACAAGAAAAUAUUAUUUAACAUGGUAUAUUUCAACCAUGUAAAUUUAGAAGAAAGAUUCCAUGUUGCCGUGCGUCUGUAUUGUAUUGUAUCUGUAUUUUGCGAUAUUUAAACAGGCUGGCCUAGUUCAGCUCAGAGCUGGUUUAAACGGAGGCCUGUGUAAACAAUGACAAGGCUAGACCACAACACAGGGAGCUAUGUUCCCUACUCUUUGAGAGAAAUGGGUAGCUUCUUAACGUCCCGUACUAACCAUCACAGAGAAAAGACAGGAGACCGGGGUCUAUGACUUAGCGUCCUUAUAGACUGGAAUGUCUAACCAUUUGCCGUUGUCAAAGCAAAGGCAGCACAUUCUCCUCGAUCAUUUUAUCAGCCUGAAUGUUGGUCUGUUCUGCGGCUUGAACCCUCGACCUCCAUCACGCCAGUCCGGCGCUAACUAAGCGAGGUGUCCAGUAAUAGAUUACAGGUUAAGUCAAAACAUGGUAAGAACAAAAGACUGGCGCGUGAGGCGCAGUGUCACUGAUGUUCUUACCUCAUUUUGACGUCUUCUGUAAUCGGUUACUUUACAGACGCACGGCAACAUGGAGAAUUUUGUUUAAAUUGUUUAAUAUAAUAAAGAAGCAGACAAUUGUUUAUGGUGACGUCAUGUAUGCGUCUGUCCUCUGAAAGAUUAUAAGAAAGAACCAAUCAAAUUGCUAAUGUGAUUAAGCUUAUUGUAGAACUAGCUGUAGAAAAUUCUGAGGCAGAGUAACUGCAGUUGCAUGCUAUGAGAAUUUCAUUUUUUAUCGAAUUUAUCAAGAAUACUUUUUACAAAUAACUGAAUAUUUUAUGAAUAUUUUAAUGGACACCCUUUGAUGAAGAAAAGGCUUAUGUAAGCGAAUUUCAGGAAAUUUUGUAUCCUGUAAAGGGGUUUUCUUUAGUAUGGCCGGUAACCAGGUAACAUUUCUUGUCAAAGUGAUAUUUAAAAAAAAAGUAUCACGAAAUUUUGUAACCUGACAUAAAUAAUUGGUAAUUACAUAAUUUCUGUUUCCAAAAUAGUCAAAUCUCAAUCUAGAUACGCAAUAAUUAUUUUGCUUUUUGUUCGGAAAUAGAAUAAGAAGUCACAUUAAUUUGGGAUUUUAACAAGAAUGUAGAGUUAUCAAUUUAUCAUGAAACUGUAUGAUAUUGUAAUUUUAAAAGUUUUUUCAUUUGUGAUAAACUGUAAAUUAAAUCAAAGCAAGUUCAGGGGAACGAAAAUCCGUUUGACACAUCUAUAACUCCGCAACCGAGCUUCAAAUUUCCAAUGUGAAUAGGGGACACCAUUGCUGCACUGGGGAGGGGAGGAGAUGGAACUGAGUGGAAGAGAACGGGGGAGGGGAGGGUUCAAGGCUGACGGUAAAUGUGAAAUCAAAUAGGGACUUACAUCCCACCCUCUCUCUCCCCUCCCCUAGAGUAUGCCGAAGGUGUACUGUAUGGUGAGGGAGGAAGAAAGUUCGAGUUCUGUGUUUGUGUAAAGUGAAAGUUUAUGAAAUUAUUUUGUGACGAGCAUGAGUUCAAAUAAAACUGUCAAACUGAUUGUUCAAA